CUCCCGAUAUAUUUCCAAUUAAUUAUAUAGAUUACUUCACUAGUUGGCAUUGUAGGGACACACAGUGAAAACAAUAGAUAGACAGGCCAUUGUUAGAGGUUUUAGUUAAUGAUUGAAUAGGACAAAGGAAGUGACAUUAAUUACUGCUCUAGGACGACAUUUUUUGUAAUAUAAUUGAAAAUUAGCCUAAUCUAGUUCAUAGCAUACCGAGUGUUGUUUGAAAGAGAUCAACGUGACGGAGAUACGUUUGUUGAAUGUGACCAUGGACAGAAAUGAACAGGUUUCAAGACUUAAAGAAGUCAAAAGUCGUGCUAAAAGAAUCAGGUCAUAUUUUAGUCCAACCCAGACCAAGAAAAUGGAAGACGUGUUUGUAGUGGACCCCUUCCCAGAUAAAGAUCAAAUAAAGCAGCUAUCCACAUCGUUAGAUAUUAGUGAACGUUCUUUGCAGGUAUGGUUUCAAAAUCGACGAGCAAGACAAAGAAAAGCGCGACCAGAAGCUAAUCAAGAAUUGAUUGGAUUGCGGUCAUCAAGGUCGUGUUAUCAGUACCCCUCUUCCAGUGGCCAUCCAUUCGAAACAAUGACACCAAGUAUGCAGGUACUCCAAGAUAUAAAGAGAAAGGGAGAAGAGAGCAUCAAACGCAUCUCUAUCGAUACCCACGAGUUCGAUGCGCCGAGUCCACAUACGUCCCCGACAAGAAGCAGCAGAAUCGAGCUUUUGGAAACACCACCGGGUUGGCACAGAACUCAACCAAGCAGUCCUAUUAAGAAACCCACGAAAAGUACCAGUCAACAUUCGAUAGAAGAUAGUGAUUUUCUUUCGCCCAGUCCGAAACGACAGCGUUCAUUUUCAGUGCGUUCCUCAGAUGAAAAUGCCCCGAAACCCGGUGUCAAGUGCUCAAACCUUACAGACGAUUAUAAAUCUAUGCAUUACAAUUAUCAUCACCAGAUGUCAGAUGGGUACAGAAAUCCGUUUGAAACACCUAGUCCGAUAUCCAAAAAUAGAUCACAUCUUUCGCUUUCGCCUGACGAUGAUACCAUUUUAAAUCUAUGUACAAGGGACACAGUAAAGGGAUUCAAAGCCACUUCUCCAAUAAUUUUAUCACCAGAGCACACACCUCCAAAACCAGCUACUCUUCAGCCUUCUGAGAUUUAUCCUCAUUGGAACGCACAUUUAGCAUAUGGCUGCACGCCAGGUUUCCCGCCAAUGCCACCACAUGCCGUAACACAGUACUAUGCAACGCUAUACCACUAUCAUAUGAGCAUGGAAGCCCAGUAUGGAGAGGCACUAAAGAGUCAAAUGACUCCAUUUCCAGGACUUUAUCCUCCAGUACCAAAAUUGAAAAAUAUGUAUGAAAGCAUUCCGGAACCAGAUAAAAAGCUUGCUAAUUCUGAGAAGCUUACAGACAAUGUUGACAAAGCUUAAUAUUCUCCGGUUCCUGACUAUGAAUAGCUAUUGCUAUAAAUACCACCAGUUGGUGCUGGUGAUCAUUCAGCAUCCGUCCUACCCAAAGUGUUCUUUGUUGGAAUAUUUAGUCCCGUCAUUCAAAACCUUGCCCAGUGCAGAGUUCAUUUAGAUUUUUUAACCUGGAUUUCGAGACAUCUACAGCUUUUUAUUUGGUGAAUGUGAUAUCUGGAAAUCGGUGACAGCUUUAUUCGUAUUUGAUGUCAAAAUCUGGCCAUUGGAAAAUCAGGAACCACGAAAGUUAGGCGGUAUAUAAGAAUGGUGCGAAAUUUUUUAUCAUUUACGAUUGUUUAUCGUUGAUUAUUUACAUCGUGUCUAUGGUGGUUGUUUUUUGUUAUUUUUAUCUCCAUAAAAUAUAUAAUUAAUUAUAAAAUAAAUAUCAUUC